UUGUUGGUCGGCGGUUUCGGAGGACAUCAUUUACCGGACAAUCUGCUGGGCGCCUUAGUCGAAUCAGGUGCAGCGGACUUGACGAUCAUCUGCCAGGGCGCCGGAGUCCCAACUCCCGGGCGCACCGAUAUCCAUGCGCUGGUCGAAGGCGGGUUGGUCCGCAAGCUUGUUUCCCCGCUUCCUUUCGAUCCACGCCAGGGCGGGUCGGUGAAACAACGGUGGGAGGCAGGACAACUUGAACUGGAAGUGCAACCGGUUGGCGUUCUGGUUGAGCGGAUUCGAGCCGGAGGGGCCGGCAUCGGCGGUUCAUUUCUACCCACAGGGGCAGGGACCCGCUUCGCCGAAGGCCAGGAGGUACGAGUCAUCGACGGCCGCGAGCACAUCUUCCAGACUGCCAUAAAGGCUGACUUCGCACUGCUGCGGGCGGCCGUAUCCGACACAUUGGGAAACUUGGUAUAUUCUGGCACCGGCCGCAACUGGAACCCCGUGAUGGCCAUGGCCGCAGGGGUAACCGUCGCCGAAGUGGACGAAAUUCGAGAACCCGGCGGCAUCGAUCCUGAGACAGUAAUCACUCCUGCAAUUUUCGUGCAACGUAUCGUUUUAACUUCAUAG